GCAGCCAUUUUGUUAGCUGGCUCGAGGUGACAGAGGUUAGCCGCGUGCAGCCGGAGGUAUGUUCAGUCUGCUCUCACGGUUUGGAGUCUAAUGUUCGUAGAAUAAAAUCAGUCGCUAGUGUCUUUAUUUUAGCAGGUUUUUCGGCCCCUCGCUCGCAGACCAAACAAGGGUGUUUGUCGCGAGUGAACUCCGCGCGCUGCUGGAUGCUCAUUCAUUUUACAUUCGUCUCGAUUUUGCUAGCUCAUUAGCUAGCUAGCUAGCUACCUAGCGUGCUAACUUGUUUACGCGCGUCGUUAGCAGUAAAGAAUACGUCCAGGUCUCAUGGCCGCCAGAUAUUGAGUGUUUGGCGAGUUGUGAAGCGUGUAGUUCGUACAGUUUCUCUGUGUUUCACCAUCUUCGAGUUGAAUUUGCUUCCUCUGGCAAAACUUGAGCUCGGAUCGACGGCUCCGGCUAGCGCGCGUGUGUGAGAGUGAUUGUGUUUGUCUCGGUGUUGUAACACUAAUUCAUCAAGCUGGAUCAGCAAUCGGCCAUCCUGGAUACUAUGUCCGAGCUGUACAUUCGGGUAGCUGAGGACGAAAAUGAGGAGCCCAUGGAGAUCCCCUCGGAGGACGACGGGACGGUGCUGCUGUCGUCGGUGGCGGCUCAGUUUCCAGGGGCUUGCGGGCUGCGCUACAGAAACCCGGAGUCCCAGUGCAUGAGGGGGGUCCGGCUGGUCGAGGGGGUCCUGCAUGCUCCCGAGAACGACUGGGGGAAUCUGGUCUAUGUCGUCAACUACCCCAAAGAUAACAAAAGGAAGAUGGAAGAAAUUGAUGCUGCCUCAGCUGUGAAAAUUAAAAGGGGCUUUCAGAAGACAUCAGAUCUCAUUGUCCUCGGGUUGCCUUGGAAAACAACAGAGCAAGACCUGAAAGAUUAUUUCAGUACCUUUGGGGAGGUCAUCAUGGUACAGGUCAAGAGAGAUGCAAAGACCGGCAACUCAAAAGGCUUUGGGUUUGUGCGCUUCACCGAGUAUGAGACUCAAGCUAAAGUCAUCGCUCAGAGACACAUGAUCGAUGGACGAUGGUGCGACUGCAAACUUCCCAACUCAAAGGGUGGUGCUUCUUGGUUUUCUCAGGCGUGUCCAGAUGAGCCCCUGAGAAGCCGUAAAAUAUUUGUUGGCCGCUGCACAGAGGACAUGACAACUGAUGACCUGAGGCAGUACUUCAUGCAGUAUGGUGAAGUCACAGAUGUCUUCAUCCCUAAACCUUUCCGGGCGUUUGCUUUUGUCACGUUUGCCGACGAUCAGGUCGCCCAAGCCCUGUGUGGAGAAGACCUGAUCGUCAAGGGUGUCAGCGUGCACAUCUCCAACGCUGAGCCCAAACACAAUAAUAGUAGGCAAAUGAUGGAUCGAGGGCGGUUUGGUGCCGGUGGGUUCAGCCAGGGUUAUGGCAGUAGUCGUGGGGGGCUGGGCAGCAGUAGUGGAGGAGUUAACUUUGGGGCUCUCGGCCUUAAUCCAGCAAUGGUGGCCGCCGCACAGGCAGCGCUGCAGAGCAGUUGGGGAAUGAUGGGCAUGCUGGCUAACCAGCAGGGUCUAACCACAGCGGCAGGCACGGCCACGACCACCCGAGACCAGACCUACAGCUCGGCUAGCACCAGUUACAGCAGUCCCAGCUCGGCCAGCCUGGGCUGGGCUGCAGGCACUAACACGGCCUCCAACAGCUUCAGCUCCGGCUUUGGCACCUCAAUGGAGACCAAGUCUUCUAGUUGGGGAAUGUAGACGGCUGCAAAUUUAUCUUUUCAGUUGCUAUUAGACUAAUCUGGUAAGUAUACCGUCAGGGUGGAGCAGCUUGUAUCUUAAGUUUGUAUUAUUUGAACAAAACAAAAGAAAAAAACACUGCCUUUUUAUUUUGUUAAAAAGAUUUAUACUUGAGUGACUGAUUCUGUAGUCAUGCAUUGAAUGGGUGAAGAGAUUAGUUUGCUAGUGGAAAUGCCACGCUUACCUUUUGUUUUUGAGAAAAAGGCUUCACAAAGAUGACUGUGCAUGCAAGAUAAAUAUUUAUAUCCAUGCACGAGCAUCUCGAGAGCCCCCUCCUCCCCUUCAGGCCCACAUUAAGUGGGCUUUAGUACAAGUAUAGAUAUAUGUAUGCAUUUGAUUGUAUCUUGUUUGUUUUUGUUUGAUAUCUUUUGGAAUCGCCUUCAUGAAAGUCUCUUCUGCAGUUCACCAACUCUUUCCCAAUUUCCCGGGAGGAAGCGCCUCAUUGGCUGCAAUGUUCGACAGAUCUCAGUAUCAGUUCCCCUCCUCCCAUGUGUAAAUGCUUUGUCAUCCAAGAACACAGCUUCACUCUGCAUAUACUGUGUUAGACGGUGGGUGUUGUCUUUUUUUCCUCUCCCCUUUUUUUUAAAAACAAUUUUUUCCCUUUUUGGGGAUGUAGAAAUCUUUGUCUGCUCUUGUCGCUUUUCGAGAUCGAUGAGUGGGAUUGGUGUUGGACCGAGUGAGAGUGAGCGAGCGAGCGAGCGAACGAGCGGGAGAGCAAAGUGAAAGGAAGCACGUGUGAGGAGGACUGUCUGUGCAAGAGAGUUUUUUUUUUUUUUUUUCCUUCUUUUCGUAAAGAGACAAAUGCCUGCAAGAGUUGAGAAGAACCUGUGGCUUUUGUGCGAGUGUGAGAGGAAGAAUCACGUACGAGUGUGGUCCCAGUGGUCUUCACAAGGACAUUUAUUGCGUCUGGAGAUCCCUAAGGUCUCCGCUUUCUCUCAUCGCUUUCUGCCUACCUUAAUUCUGAAAAAAAAAAAAAAAAAAUUAAUCACAGAAAAUGUCAAGUGCUAUGAGUAGUUGUGUCCUUUUGUAGCUUUCUCUUGCUGUCUGAUUUGAUGUGAAUGCUGUUUGCUGUUUGGUUGUGUGCUUUUUUUCCCUCUCCCCUUCCUUGUCACCACCCUCUCUCUCUCUCUCUAUGUGUGAAAAUGUGACUUUGUGUUCGUGAAGUCUGUGUGGGGAGAAACACUGAAAGCGUGUUGGAAGUUUGCGAGUGGGCUCAGAGGCUGAUGUGGUGAAUGUUUGGCCGGCUCCCAUUUGAAAGUCUGUUUGAAGUGGAUACGAAUGCAUUUUCUAUGUUUUGUGACUCAAAGGGAAGUCUGAAAUAAAACUGACUUUGAAUAGGUAUGA